CUCGCGGUUCAAGCGAAGGCAUAUAAGGUGGGAUGCUGCGGCCUCUGCUUCAUCAGUCCCAAAUACACACGACGAGGCCGCAAAGCGUGCAGGUUUAAGGUCGACCGUUGUCAUGAGGUCUAACGCGAUCUACAUCGCCACGAUUCUGCUGGUAAUUGGCCUCAGCCAUGCAAGAACUUCAGGAAGGGAUCUGUCCAAAGCUAGCGCCCAGGCUGAGUCCGUGAACGAGCCUGUCAGUUUGGACAACCCAGAGGAUGCAGAGAUCCUGGACUCGAAGGAAGAUGGCGAGGGAGAAGAGGAUCGACUACCCAUUUUGCCUCCGAUCAUUCUACUAGACUUUGGUAAUGGAACAGAAGAUGAAAGCGUCACGUCCGAGGAGAAGUCCAAACGAACGGUCAACAGUGGUCUCGGAUACGGUCUCGAGCAGAACGUCCUGCAACCUCGAAAAUACAACUACUACUUCCCUGCUGGAAAAUCGGGAACCACGGUGAGCAUCGAGGAAUCUAUCAGCCCAUUCCUACCUAAAACCAUCAUAGAGAAGGUCCAACCUACCAACAGAGCAGAGUAUUUCCAUGGAACGCGACAUAAUUCGUUCGGUGGGAUCCAGGCUCAAAGUCAGACUCAAUCGAACCAGUACCUGAAUUAUCAGCAAUCAUCGAAAUCCCAGCCUGUGUUCGGAUCGCGGACGAAGCCUCAGAAGCCACAAACAAAUUUCGGGUACCAGAACUUCCCAACAACGCAGAAACCGGCGGUCAGCUCGUUUGGAGCUCAGUACUCUGGAUACAGGAACAUUCCGACUACCACGCAAUCGUCCUUGGCUUUCAGCUCCACGGAGACAGUCGGAUACGUAACCUCCAGCCCUGGCUCGUACAAAUAUGCCACGACAGGCCCCUUCUCGGCCAAUAUGCACUCUUACUCCGCCCAAAGGCAGAACACUCGAUCCCGUAUCAACCCCCAAGGCUUGGGCUCCGUUGCUCAAACCGUCGAGACCUCCACCGUCGCACCGUCGAGCUACGAUGUUCAGGACUCCGCGCAGCUGUCUGGCAAUGGUCCCAGAUAUACGGUGGAGGAUGGAAUCCGCUACGAGAACAAAAUCUUCUGGAAAUACCCAGACGGCCGGGUGUCCGACGUCCCGCCUGCUACUUACGUGGAAUAUCCGCAAUUCACGGCGCAACGAACUAAAUCCCAGGGCGCUCCUUCGAUUUACGAAGCAACCACCACGGAAAACACCGUCCUCUCCCAGGGUCCGGUGCAAUUUCCCACGGUAGUCGAGCAGAACGAACAACAGGCGAACCCAUUCGUUUCCGCGGAGUCGCUGUCGUCGAGCUUGCCCCAGCAACAAGUGUACCGGCUCGGUUAUCAGAAUUUAGUGAGCCAGAAGCAGCAGCCUAACUUGGCGCACCAACGAAAGCCCACUGUUACCGGAUAUUCCUUCUCGUCGUCUUACUCAGGAAGAACGAAGCCCAGCUCCAGCGGACAGAAGCUGAAUUACGAGUCUCUUUACAGCCGGAUACCCUCCAGGUACCAGACCAACAGCCCAAAUGCCGAGUACACCGACUCCUACGUGACGGAGCCUACAAUCAACACCACCACCCCCGUCACUAGUGUCUACGGUUCAUCAGGUGAGAGCUCCCGGAUCGCUACCAAGUACACCCCGAAGGUUCAGAAUUACUUGGACACGAUACUAUCAGAGAACGAGCAGGCAACGAAGCAGAGCCUAAGCAACAGCGAUCUGAAUAGCUACAACAACCUUCAGUACUCCGACUUGCUGAACUACAAUCCGUCCAUCUCGGAGUACAUCAGGAACCCAUCGUCCAUCUUGAAUGUUCGUCCGACUUUCGUGCAAGCCGGGAACUCUUUGAUACCCGUCAUCAUCCUUAGAGUGGACGGAGCGUCCCCUAUCCAACCUAAGCCCUCUCAGAACAUUAAUUUGAAGGCUCUGCUUCAGCAGUACUUGAUACAGUAUGCCAAUAGUAUUCAGGAAUUGGCGCGACCCUCCACCUAUAAUCUUGGAACGGAGUCCAUCGACAAGGACAGGAGUUCCGGUAUUGGGAAGAGUCCUGUGUUGGAUUUGAUUCGACUGACGCAAGAUGACGCCCGUAGUGGACCUAGCUACGAUUCGAAUUCUUACAAUGGAAGAUCGAGCUACGAGACGAGCAAUUUGGAUGUGUCAGCGGACUUGGCUGGCAGCCAUUACGGUGAACGCUCGACGGCUAGGCAGAAAGUGAAGAACGUUCAGAUUGUGGAUGAUCCAAGGUUCACGACUUACAAGGUCAAGAGCUAAAGUGUUUCUGAGAUCUCAGAUCGGCGGAAAAGACAUUGUUCUUCGAAUGCUAUGAAUUGUCUAGUUCGACAGUAUUUAAUACGGGAUUGUGCAAUAAAUUUUUAUCGCGAAAUACUGUACCUGGGCGUUGAUUCUUUGAGACGUCAGAUCUAUUACCUCUUAGAUCAAAGUUUCAAAGAAUCGGUCGCGGUCGAAGCACACGGAUGCUUCUAACCAAAUUCUUCGCUUCAAGAAGGUACCUUAUGAGCUUAGUUUUUUUAAGGACUCAAGACACUCGUUUUGUAUACAUUCAU